AUGAAUCCAUGGUCCUCACGCAGGUAUUUUCGCGUGACACCUCUCCGAGCUUUGUGUGCUUUCCUGGUGAUCAGUGCGCUUUUUUGGUAUAAUCUCGGUCGAGAAAGCUUGCCACCGCCUCCAUGCAGCGUUCCUGAAGAAUUUACCGAGAGAUUACACGAGUUGGUCUACAGAGUUCACCUGGUGUUGGCGAAACUUGGGAUCGUUAAUUUUCUUUGCUUUGGAGCUCUGUGGGGUCAAGUGAGAAUAGGACGAGCUUUGCCUUGGGCUCGUAAAAUAGAACUUUGCAUGGUUGAUACGAUGCGAGAUGAUGUACUGAUCACAAAAGCCUUCCGCGAUGCUGGACUAAGUGCUACUUAUAUGUACACCUCUGGUCUUUAUCGAGUUCAGGAGCAUGAGGUUGGAGAAGCUUCUGCUAGGGUUGAAAUAAUUGUCUUUGAACAGGAUACUGUCACCCAAAUGAUGAGAAGAGUAGGCUGGACAAGAAGAGUAUUACCGCCAGACUGUGAAUUAUCACCGAGUCUCCAAUGCUUUCCACCGCAAUUGGUAAUACCACCUUUGCCGGCAAAACAGUUCGGCGGGAGACUUAUUCCUGUGCCAAGAGAGGGCAUCGAGCUACAAAAAUAUCACUAUCCAAAUAAUUGGUGGCUCGAAAUAAAACCAACCGAUUGCAUCGAGCUCAAUCAACUUGCAACAUAA